AUGUCUCAGCUCCCCGCAAACUGUCAGAGCAAACAGGAUACCAAACCUUCAGCUUCUGGACUUGGCAAGGAGCCAGCGCCCUCAAACACAUUCCGAGAAGUUAGCCUUCAGAUUGCCGAGGUGUUUGCAGCCCAACAGCCCCUCAAGCAUCCACUUCUAGAUCCUUCAAAUCUGAUAUUGCAACACAAUCGGACUUGGGAUGUCACAGACCUCAUCUACGAACCUUACAAGUGGCUCCCACUCCCAGUAGCUCAAAUGUGUUCCCAUGAAUUGCUUGGAUACAAUGGCAUUCAUUGGAUGAUUAAGGCCUUGGGGCACCAUCAACGCAUUGAUCCCUUACCAGAAAAAUAUCUUAGAAUCCAAAGGACUCAGCCUACGAAGCCAGCAAAGAUAUUACAUUUUGCUCCAGAUUCUAAAAGGGGAUCAUGUUCUUCCUCGAUGCGCAAUCAGCAUAAUUCUCCCUCAACUCUUCUAGGAAUACUUGUGUACACUGGCAUCUCCCAAGAUCCAAAGACCGCCUUUUGUACUAUCAACGCAAAAAUGCUUCAAUCACCCCUUCCGGCGGCACAUUCGCUUGCUUAA